AUUGUAUAUUUGCAUCUCUUUUAUUUAUACUGAUUCUAAUUUGAGAUUUUUCGUUAUUUUUGAGUUGUGAUUGCAUUUGUCACUAUAUAAAGUUUUCAUUGUUUCAUUAUGUGAACAAGCUUAACUUAUUACAUCUCUUGUCUCUCUUUUGUUUCCUUUUUUUUGUUACUUUUGUUAGGUUCAUAUAUAUCUCUUCUUCUCACUUUUCUUUUUUCGGUUUCUUUCUUUUACUAUAUAGCACAAAAAGAGAACUAAAGACAUGUCAUUGGAGAGAAAGAAAGAAAGAAAGGAAGGAAUAUAAUGCAUUACGAAACAAAGAGAAGAGAAUCUACUAGUUGUAAAGUCCUGUAGCCUGAAGCAUAAACCACUGGAAUCACCAAUAGUGGUAAGUAAAGGCUUAACAAAAAAAAAAAAACUCCUGAGAAGUUGCCGAAACGUUACCUUUGCGUUUUCCUAUAUUAAAAGCCCAAAAAGCAAAGAAAUAAAGCUGAAGCUGAAAGAGGAACUUGACUGUCAUUCUCGUCGAGUCUAAUAAAUAAGUGCAAUGUAUUGUAUGGAAGGACCCUCUCGCCACACUCGUGAUGUAGCGUGACUUACACGCUCCAUCAUUUUUACCAAAGAAUAAGUGUCACGCUCUACAACUGCGCGUGGUAGUCUCAUUGAGCACCUAAUCUUUGUAACAUCUACUUUUUCUCGUCAUCUGGUUUGAGGGACAUGGGAUACAUAGACAGAAGUAUCAGAAUAGGAAAGUCACCAAAACCAACCAAAAACCCAGAGAAAAGGAAAGGAAAGCAAAGUCAAUAUUGCAAAGAAAAACCUUAGGAAGGGGUUUGGAUUUCUUGAUUUCUUUCUUUCUUUCUUUCUUUUUAGUCAAAAAAAAAAAAAUCAAUCUUUACUAGCAGAGGGUUGAAAAAAGGUAGGUCAAGCUAAAUCAAUGGGAGACAACAUGGAGGAAGAGGUGGAAAGACCAUCAACGCCCACAAAUCAGUCACAAGCAUCUGCAUCUUACAUGUUGUUUAUGAGAAUUAUGAGCAAAAGGAGGACAUGGGUAUGCAUCUUUGUGCUGGUUUAUGCAAUAAUUUUAACUUCUUCAUGGAAUUUCCUUAAAUCUAUACUUUCUUGGUACAACUUACACUCCCAAUCCCAGCCAUCUUCUUCUUCAUCAUCAUCUUCUUAUGGGUGGGCAGCCCUUUAUGCAUCUGUGCUUCUUGGAGCUGUAUUUGGGGUUGUUUCCAUGGUUGCAGCUCUGGCAGUGGUGGUGCCAGCCACUAUGGUCACAUGGAUCGCCAUUGUUGUUCUGCUUGCCUUCUUUGGAAAACCCAGGAGGGCUUUGGUGGUGGAAGGUAGGAAGAUUACCAGAGAGAUUGUGGGGUUUGUGAUCAGAAUUUUGUUGAAGGAAGGUAGCCUUGUGGCUGCUGUUUGUGCUGUUUUAGGUUAUUCUGCCCUUGUUGGGAGGAAUACUGAGGUUGAUUAAUUAUAACUCCUAUGAAAAUUUUGGUAAAGUGUUCCUCAAUCUCUCCUGAGACAAUCUUUAUUUUUACUUGUUCUAUAAAUUUAGGAUUAAAAAAAAAACAAACUUUUUUCUUUGGGGGCUUUUUAACCUUAUUCACUACCUGUUUUAAAUUUCCACUUGGAUGUAUUGUAAAUUCUUCUAAUCUUGAUGAUGUUCUAUUUAUUCUUUUCCCAAAAUAACAAGCUUGCUACUGCUGCUGCUGCA